AUGACCAUUAAGGCGGUACAAUCCGAGAAUUUGUGGACGGAAACACCCUUAGUGUAUUCCAGCCAUAUAUCUGAUAUUAUCGGAUGUUCUGCAUACCUAAAGUUGGAGAAUCUGCAACCUUCUCAAUCAUUCAAAUACAGAGGUAUCUCCAAAUUCGCACAACAAUGCAAGGAGAAGCAUGGUCCUUCGGUGCACCUGAUGAUCGCUUCGGGCGGAAAUGCAGGCCUAGCUGCGGCAGUUGUAGCACGUGUUUUGGGAGUGAAAUGCACAGUGUUCCUUCCCACCAAUGUAAGUAUCGACACGCAGCAGGCUCUCCGAAAGCAUGGCGCAGAGAUUGUGACAAUUGGAGAAUUCUACUCCCAAACACUCGCUGCGCUGCAAGAUGCCGUGAAGAAAGACACAAAUGCUGUCCUAGUGCCAGCAUAUGAUUCGCCUGUCCUCUGGAAUGGUCAUUCAUCCAUGGUGAUCGAGAUGCAGAGACAACUUCCUAGGAAGCCGGACGCCAUAUUCUGCAGUGUCGGAGGGGGAGGCCUCAUCGGAGGCAUCAUGCAAGGCUGCAAGAACGUCGGGUGGGAUGAAGUGCCGGUGGUAGCGCUAGAAACCACUGGCUCGAACUGCUUUUACAAUGCCAUCGCCAUCAAUACCCGGAACUUUACUUCUAAAGUCCCCAUCCUACCUUCCAUUGAAGUGGAGGACAAUUCUCCGUAUACCGUUGAAAUUAUUGAGGAAUAUAAUAUCGCAAUUCCACACAUGAAAGCGCUGAAAUCCCGAGCAGCCUCGCUAGGCGCGACCUCGCCAGCUCCUGGGGUGGUUAGAAUGGCAGUCGAUCGUGCCGGAGGAAUAAAAUGCGCAUGCAUCCCAGACGAGAUGGCUAUGCAUACUGCAAGAUUAUUUGGAGACGAUCAUAAAAUACUGACGGAGCUCGCUUGUUCGACAACUCUGACUCCCGGGUAUAAUCGCGAAUUUCUCUUGCGCAUCCUCGGACCAACGUUCUCAGCACUUUCUUCAGAAGAGAGGAAAGAAAAGUGCCUAAUUUUUGUAGUGUGCGGUGGAGUCAAAAUCUCUUUCGAGGAGAUGAUGGAAUUUGAAGAGAUUGUCGCUGCAGCGCAGGUGCAGAGCUACUGGAGUGUGCACAUCGACGGCGAAGAAGCUCAGCUGCCUAAGCAAUGA